AUGGCGCAUCACCACAGAAACCCAUCAAUAGCAUCUUCUACCAAGACUGUCACGCCGACAGACAGCUGGGAGUCGUACUUUGACUCGUGGAGGUUGGAGGAUGGCGACGUAUCCGACAUGGCACCACCCCCUGCGCCCACCAUUAUUGAACCGUUGAUAGUAGAUGACGAACUCUACCACCCGGAGAGCCUCCUGAACGCCCGAAUCCAGCUGGAUCGCAACCUGGGUUUGGAUCUGGACAGGGAUUUCCAGGAGUAUCACCACGACUACCAGGACAGGUGCUCGCCCAAGGUGUUUGGGAGAUUAAACGAUGCCAACCCGGCCAACAAACGGCAUGCGAUUUGCGUUUCCAACCGACGGGCAAUGGCAGCGGGAUAUUGUCAAGGCCACAAUCGAAGAGAUCGUCGCCCAGUGACAGUGUCAACUCCAAUCGACACUCGACCUGAUGACGUUGAUCGGACGGCAAAUAUGGGGAGGACCCAGCCUCGUCAGCCAUUCGCGGCAAGGCAGGAGGAGAACAGCAGAUCUGGCCAUGCGUGCCAUGGCGGUUUUGCGAGGAGGACCCUGCAUCGGCGUCGAUCGGAAUGUCGUUUGGAGAGCUCAAGCAUCAAAAGGCCACACAGGGCACUGCAGCGCAAGGAACAUUUCAAUGGAGGCUUGGGGAACCCACAGCGAGCGGAGCCACCUCCUCCGCCAGUCAUCCCCCGUCAUGCCUCAUCUGAAAGCCAGUGCGCCCCCUAUUACGCAGCACCGGCACCACUGGGAAGUACCACUGCCACCAACUGGUACCUAUUUCGCUAG